UUUAUAAAUAUAAUUUUAUUAGAUGAAUCAGCCUAAUAAAUAAACAAUGUAGCAAUAGCCAUAAUAAUAGGGAAAUGCAAAAAGGUAGUCUGCAAUUUAAUUGAAAAAAUAUAUCAGUCAACUUCAAGGAACUGGAGUAUUAGGUUAAAUCUAAUUAAUUGUUUUAGAUUAUAAAAUAUUUGGUAAACAUCAUGAUAAUGUAUAUUUUGAUCAAGGUGAAAUGGAGAGAAUUUUAAAGAAAGUUCCUGGAACUUAAAAUGGUAAAAUAUCUGUGUAAGAUUUAAAAAAAAGAAUGUGUAAAAAGUUAUUUUAAAAUAGAAUUAUGUAAUCCUAAUGCUGAUAUUUCACUUAUUAAUACAGUAUUUUAAGGAAAGUAAGAAGUGAGUGCAAAGGAUAUUUAUGAAUUAUGGAAUGGGGAGCCAAUUACAGAUUAUGAUCCUUUGUAAGAAUGUUUAAAUUUACUUUGUGAUCAGAAUGAAAUUCUUGAUCUGAAUAAAAUGAGUUAAUUAAUGGAAUCUUUGGGUUAUUAAAAAUUAGAUAAAUAAGAUUAAGUAAUUUUAAUUGAAAUAUUUGACAUAUACAGAGAUAAAAAAAUAGAUAAAAAAGAUUUAAUGGCUAUUUUUACAUAUAUUUUGUAACAUACAACUGGAAUUUGA